AUGUCAUUGACAGCCGAAAGUAGGGCCCGCCAUCCGCCAUUUUGAAGCAGUUCUGAUAAUUUCUGUCUGCCGAAGUUGAAACUUAACAUUGCCAAAGAGUGUCAAAAUGGGUACUGAAAAAGCGAAGUUUGUUGAAAAGGCCAAAAUAGCUGAACAAGCUGAAAGGUAUGAUGACAUGGCAGCAGCGAUGAAACAGUGCGUGGAGUGCUGCACAGGCAAGACAUCUGACAUUCUUACCAACGAGGAAAGAAACUUGCUAUCCGUGGCAUACAAAAAUGUCGUUGGUGCACGCCGUUCUGCAUGGAGGGUCAUUAGUAGUAUCGAACAGAAAGGUGAUAUGGCAGGAGGAGAAGGUGCAGAAAGAAAGCAAGGGAUGGCAAGAACCUACCGAACUAAAGUGGAAGAGGAGCUGAAAAAAAUCUGUGAGGAAGUGUUGGAAUUGCUGGAUAAACACUUAAUACCCCAGACAAAAGAAGAUUCCUCUGACGUGAAGGCUGGCAAUGCUAAAGACAACAAGAAUGAUAGUCGGGUCUUCUAUAUGAAAAUGAAGGGGGAUUACUACCGGUACUUGGCCGAAGUCAGGUCAGGGGAAGACAGGGCAGUUAUCGUAGAUAAGUCUGAAACAGCUUACAAGGAAGCAAACGAGACGGCUGCAGCGAAAAUGGAGCCAACUCAUCCCAUCAGAUUAGGACUGGCUCUAAACUUCUCUGUAUUUUACUAUGAAAUUGCCAACAAUCCAGAAAAGGCUUGUCAAUUAGCGAAAAGUGCAUUUGAUGAAGCUAUUGCCAUGUUAGAUACACUUUCAGAAGAGUCUUAUAAGGAUAGCACAUUGAUAAUGCAGCUUCUCAGAGAUAACCUUACGCUGUGGACCUCUGAUGCACAAGGAGAUGAUGGAGAAAUGGGUGAACAGCACGAUCAGCAGUGAGACAGAUCCAGCCUAGCUUUGUUGGCCGUCUGCAGCUGCUGCUGCCAGUGGCAUGAGGGAGGGAAGGUGGCUGGGAGGGGGAGGUAGUGGUGACUGCAGCGCGCACUUACUCUGAUGGACAUUAAGACAAGACAUGCAGACAGAUAGACAGUUGUUGGUUUGCCAUCUCAGGCACUGCAGGAUCCAUCGCCAUUUAGGAUUGAUUCGUUGAUCAUUGCGUUGGUCACUUUUAUACAGCAGACAGUCAAGCUCAAUGUCAUUUAUUUCCAUGUACGCUGAUAACUAAGAAUAUGUCAUGGUUCAAUUGAGAUAAACUUGAGGUGAAAUGAUUUACUGUGCCCAGGCUUUGUGAAACAGAAAAUGGAAACGAAAGUUGUAUCUGAUGUGGAAUUUUUUUUUAUUAUCUCUGCAGCGCUACAUCUCAUGUGUCUAUUCUUGAUGUGAAUCCAUCGUCAUCAGUCAUUACUGAUCCUACAGUCUUCACUCAGCCUUGCAUACAUACUUACAUACAUACUUAUCUACAAUAAUUAGUACAACAUUGCAGCUGACAGGUAGAACAUGGUCAGAUCGCAUUGAUGAUGAUGAUGAUGGUGAUGAUGAAGAUAGCCCAGAAAUUAUUCAUUAAUGUAUGUACUCUGUAUUACCGAGUUUGAACUGGGCAACUUGUUCACUUUCUCCUUAUUUUCCUUUGUGUUGCUAGAGCUGUUGAUACAAUGGUCACCUGAGUUUUGGAUUGGAACUAACAGAAAAAGUGUUUUUAUAUGUUAUUGUGUAUGUUUGUAAUCCUUUACUGAUUCUAGUCUAUCGUAGUUAUCCACUACUGGCGUAAGUACAUAGUAGUUUCCCCUGUAAUCUCAGAACUUCUUGUGGUGUUGAUGCAUCGUCUAUCUUUCCAAGUAUGCAAGCUGCUCUUGUUAAUCUAUCAUUAUUGAUAUUAUUGUGGCACUUAAAUAAUAAUAAAUUGGAAAUCGGACAAACAUGUGUUAAGCAUUUUUGAACAUAGGGUCAGUUUGGAAAUUAGAUAGAAAUUCAAAAUAUUGUCUAAACAGAAGCAUGCUUUACCAAAAGUACACUAUUAGCCCUACAUAACAUAGAUAUACAUAUUCAUUGUAUGUAUGUAUGUAUUACUUACAAGGAUGAUGUCAGUUAUUAUGCAGACUGCAGCUACUUUUUUUGUGAACAUUAUUGGCAGAAUCUACUUAUUUCAUGAGUGGUUGGGUAUUAUGAUUUACCAAUCAGUGAAGUUGUUUACCAACUGUGCUCUUCUGAUGAAGUCAUUUUGUUUUGAUCUGUCAGAGAUGUCACAGAAGUGUAGUGAUCAGCUGAAUUUUUUAUACUUUUCCCUGUCUCGUUUCAUUUUAAUGCCAGAAAAGGCAGGUUAAGCUGUUGCCUUGUGAAUUUUGAUUGUGUGGUAAAUGUGUUUGCUACAUGUGCUUUGACAUCUCUGUUAUUUUGCCCCCUCCAAUCUGUGACUGCUGGCAUAUAAAGCAAUAUGUGUUUGGAUCCACACAGUAUGCCCCCUUCUGGUGAGAUCAGACAAGACCACUGUUCAUCAGUUUUCAGUCACGGCUGUCAUGAAAACUCUAAAUUUCACUUUGUUGCACAGAUUUUCCUAAACAAAUUAGUAAGGACCAAGAAUUUUUAAUUCCCCUUUCUAGUUUGUGACCAGAUCCUUGAUAAUAAUGUCCAAGAAACCAGACCUUGAUGUUGCUGUGUGCACUUCACUUGUUACUAUGUCCUAGCCAUGAGAUGAAUGUCUGCUUGUGUUGCCACCCAAAUGUAGGACCGAAAUUCAGCUAAUGCUUAAGCCUGUCAUCUGCUGGGGAACUACCAUCUUGGGUACAACCAAAGAUACUUUCAUGACAUCACAGCUAAAAUGGCUUUGCUUGGAUUGUUAUUAUCCUGUGUAGUCAGUGUGUCAUUGCUGUUGCCCAUUGUUGACUUUAUGUGGAUAACUGUUGUCAGAUCGGAAGCUUUGUCAUAACUGGAAAGCGACUAGCAGAUCUAUUUAAGACUAUUAAUUAAGAUGCUGUAUGCUGGAGUAGAGAAGUUUUGAGAGGGGUACUCAAUAAUGCUGAUACGGGUUAUACUGUUUGGAUAAAGCAUUGGCAUGUACCCAAUAUUUUUUUUUUUUUUGCGAGUAUUAAUGUUUCAUCUAUCCUUUGCUUGAUAAAGAUGCAUAAUACUGUUUCACCUCACCAUAAAAUUUCAUUUGUCUUGUUUUUUUUCUUGCAAAACGAAAGUUGUAAUAAUUGCCGUACAUCAGUGUUGUGCAUGGCUGUCAGUUAAGUUUGAGUAAUAUUCACAUCAAAUAAACUGAAUAAAUCUUAGGUUCCUGAGAUAUGACUUUGUGCCCAAGCAGCCCCAUUGUUGAUCCAGGUGUUACUGUAGUGAUAACAUGACGGUGCAGCUCUGACAACCUGUACGCCACAGUUCAGCUGUCUACAGUGUCUAAUCACUGUUUGAACAUGUCCACGGCCACUGGAAAUAUUGGUGUAGUAAAAUGUGUUGAUUUCA